AUGGGCUCUUGUGUUAGCAAGUGCUACACCAGUCCUCAUCCUCCUCCUCCUCCUCCCCCUGACCUUGAUUCUUGCGUUCUGCAAGACAAGCUCGUCAUUUCUGAAUCCGCUCCUCCUCCCAACUCUCUCUCCUGUGCUCUCUCCAAGGCACAGACUCCCUCCUCCUCUUCCUGUUCCUUGUUGUCUUCUUCUUCUCCUUCCGUUUCCUCCUCCUCCUCCUCCUCCUCCUCGAACUCGUGUAGUAGCACUUCUUCGCUGCUGCAAUACUCGAGCGCACACAAGCAUGGUGAAGCUGUGAAGCCUAAGCCUGUCAAGUCUGCUGUCCAAACUCUGCAGCCUACACCGAAGAAAUCGGUUCCAGCAAAGAGAGCUCGCUCUUCCUCGCCGAAUGCGGUCGCUGGGCGUAAGGUUUACAGGACCGAGAACAGCUCGGCGGCGGUGGCGGCUCCUCAGAGACGGAGAAGCACGCAGAUCGAGAAGCAAAGACACGAUGUUAUGGUUCCUCAGAUCACCGCAAGGAAGGACAACACCCGACUCCGGCAAAGUUUGAGCUCAGAGAAAGAGAUAAGGGUGCACCACAUCCACCAUGUCCACAACGCACAGGAGGUCUCAUCUGGGGUUCCUCUCGCCGACGACCUAGACAAUCCUCUCAUAUCAAUGGACUGCUUCAUCUUUCUUUGA